UCCGCGGGCCGCCGGGGCGAGCCGGCUCCGCAUCCCGCACUGACGCCCCCCCCCGCCGCCCGCUCCUUUCUCCGGGGCUCGGCGGGGAGCCGGCGGCUCCCGGGGGCCGCGCAGCCCAUGGCCGGCUCCGCGCAGCCCCCGACGGCGACGAGGGGCGACGGCCCCGACGGCGGAUCGCUGGCGGGGGACGGCGAAGCUUUCGGGGACCGCUCCCUCAGCCAGGGCUUGAGCGUGCUGGUGGGGCUGGCGCUCUGCGUGACCAUGCUGGGGCUGGGCUGCGCCGUGGAGCUGGGGCAGCUGGGCCAGCAGCUGCGGCGGCCCAUGGGGCUGCUGCUGGCGCUGCUGGGGCAGUUCGUGGCGAUGCCGCUGCUGGCCUUCCUCCUCGCCCUCAUCUUCGCCCUGGACGAGGUGGCGGCCGUGGCCGUGCUGCUGUGCGGCUGCUGCCCCGGGGGCAAUCUCUCCAACCUCAUGUCGGUGCUCGUCGACGGGGACAUGAACCUCAGCAUUAUCAUGACGGCCUCCUCCACGCUGCUGGCCCUCUUCCUGAUGCCCCUCUGCCUCUGGAUCUACAGCCGCCACUGGAUCAACACGGCCCUGGUGCGGCUGCUGCCUCUGGGGGCGGUGAGCCUGACGCUGGGCAGCACCCUGCUGCCCAUCGGCCUGGGGGUGCUCAUACGGUACCGGCACCCCCGUGCCGCCGACCUCCUGGUUAAGAUUUCCUUGUGGUCCCUCUUGGUGACUCUGGUGAUCCUGUUCAUCCUGACUGGGACCAUGCUGGGCCCAGAUCUGAUGGCACAUAUUCCUGCAUCUGUCUACGCCAUUGCGGUGCUGAUGCCUCUAGCAGGGUAUGCCUUGGGAUACGGCUUAGCCACGGUCUUUAAAAUGCCCCCACACUGCAGGAGAACAGUGUCGUUGGAAACAGGGUGCCAAAAUGUCCAGCUCUGCACCGCCAUCCUAAAACUCACCUUCCCCCCGGAGCUCAUUGGGAGCAUGUACAUGUUUCCCUUGCUUUACGCGCUUUUUCAGUCGGCAGAAGCGGGACUCUUUGUGCUGAUAUACAAGAUGUAUGGGAGAGACAGCUACAAACAAGAUACGCUCGGUGAAGAGGAAGACACGGAUAUUUCCUACAAGAAACUGAAGGAGGAGGAGGUGGCUGACACUUCAUAUGGCACAGUGACCACAGCGGAGUGCAACUCUGUUCAGAUGGAGCCGACACAGACGGCGCUUUAGGCGAGAUAGAAAGGAGGCUCGUGCCCGCCUGAGUGCAGCAGGAAUGGUUAUGAGGAAGGAGACCAGCGUUUUGCAGAGGCAAAGCCAACGCGGGCGCGGUGCCAGUGCGGACGAACGGGCAAACCACCUUGCGCACGCGUUAUCUCCACGCCUCCCACCCGCUGUAAAAGCAUUGUGCUCGUUGUUCUCACCACAAAUACAUGGCGAAG